CAAUUUUACAAACUUCAAAUGAGAAUCAUACAAUACAACACAAUGACUCUUCAUCGGCUUUAGAAAGUAAAGAUUCAUAUUUUCAACAAAUUCAAGAUUCUACUAACAAUAUCGAAUUCUUACAUAAAGAUACUCAUCAUUUAAUAGAAGAUAUUGAAUCAACAUACAAAAAAAUACAUGAUGAUAUUCUUAAUUUACAAAAAGAAAUAGAAUAUUUAGAAAGUUUUUAUUUAAAACAGGAGUUUAGAGAGGACUGUAUUGUUAAUAGUAGUGUCCAUUGUAUUGAUGGGGUCCAUGCAGAUGCUUCUUAUCAAGAUCUUUGUCAGUUUUCAAAUUAG